AUGAAUAGAGAGGCGCGGAAGACGCGCAGUAGCGCACGGAGCGCGUUUGAUGGAGCGUCAUCGGGAGACGCAGAGGAUAUGGACGGUGAAGAUGAUGCUCACAGCAGACCUUCAUCAGUGCUGUGGGAAAGACACAUCGAGCAGAGUAUAUUUGUGGAUAUCAGCGAUGAUGACAGCCUGCAUUUCAGUGACAUGCAGGGCGCCUUAACUGUUCACCUCUCACAGGCCUCUGGUGUAUCCGAGAGCCCACAACUCACUGAUGAUGCAGAGCUGUCAGAGUCAUGUGAGACUGAAGAGGGCUCUUCAGAGAGUGUUGAAUCAGUUAGUAGUGAAUGCACAGAACAUUCAAAAACCAGAAACAGGAAGGGAAACAUACCCAAGGCAUCAGUACAGAAAACCACCCCUGCAGUGAAGCCAGACAUUGGAACACAUGAGAAUGAUGCUGUCAACACCAGUGAUGAAGAACAUGAAGAGCUCCCAUAUGAUGGUGCACACAGCAACUACAAAACAGAGAAGAAUUUAAAAGCAUCUCCAUGUGAAACGGUUACUGAGAUGCCUAGUCAGAAUUUCUGUACACUUGAUAAGUUAAGUAUGCCAUUUGUUAAUGCAGAACAAACAGAGGCUUGCCAAUCUAAUCUUACUCACGGUCUUCUAUCCAAUCAUAAAGCAAUAAAGGAUGUGACUCUGCCUGUAGCCACACCUGUUCAACCUGCAGACCACAUCAAUGACUUCCUGCUCAGACACUUCUCCAAGGAGGAGCUGCUUAACUCAAGCAGGAUCAUUGAAGCGGAGACCCUACCAGAGAUGUCUUUGAUGGACAGCAUUGAUGAAACCGUGCGGAGUAGAGCUUCUCAGGCUGCACAGAUCUUCGUAGGAGAGAAGGAGAAGAUUCAGGAUGUGAUGGAGGAGCCUGAUCCAAGCAUUGCUGAAAGCCAUAGAUUGGCUGAACUAAAUGUUUCAAAUGAGUCAAGCUCAUCUAAGGAACCUGGGUCGACUUGCAUCAGUGAUGCUGCAUCUGCUGGGGAUGACGAUGAUAAUAAAGAGUGUCCUAAGCAGAACUGCAGUGCUAACUCUUUAGAUCUGUCUAAAGCAGAUGCACAAAAGCCUAAGUGCUCCUUCAGCAGGACCAGGUCCUAUAGUGAGCUGAAAUACGGGCAGGGAAAGGUGCAUUACCCACUACCUGACUUCUCUAAAGUGGCACCUAAAGUCAAAAUACCUAAAGGUAAUGCAAGCAUUAAACCCAUCAGCCAGUCACCAGCUAUGGUCCGAGCCCAGUCGUCCCCAGGCAUUCUGGGUAAAUCAGCCUCCUCUUGUAAACCAACAGCAGAUAUCAUCAGCAGGGUUUUAGAGGACUCCAUCAUGCCACCAGAGAAUGUGUUCACAGACAAGGAAGUAGCAAAUCAGUUACAGGUUGAAUAUGACAGACUGCUCGCUAAAUAUACAGAAGCUGAAAACCUAAUCGGUCAGCAGAUUCAUGCUUCCAGUGAGCCCUCUGUGACCAUCGACUGGAAUGAUGCAACUAGCAACAAUGAAAACACCAAACUGACAGCAACUAACCCACAAGCACCAGCCACAGGUCCAAGCGAGAAGCAGUUUAGCCUGCAGAACUCUCAACCCGUGGAGACUGAAUCACACAGCCUGACAGACGGAGAGAGACUGACCUCUGAGCUCAGAGACAUCAUCAGAUCAUUUAUGCAGAAGGUGGAUGAAUUCAAAACAUGUGCCACCACCAUGUCAAUGAAUGUAGAGGAGCAACAGAUGGUGCUAAAGAGCAUGAUGGAGGCCCAGGAUCAGCUGGAGAGGAAUUACCUCACAAAGAGGGAGGAGCAUCGUGCUCUGGAGAUGCAGAACUACAUGGGUUUAACCAGAAACACAGGAGAGUUUGACCCUGACAGGGAGGUCGAGGGCCAGAUUUUCAGGAUAGGCAUGCACCUGGAGGACAUUAAAGAGCAGAUUGAAAGAAAUGUGUGCCAUGUCUUCUAUCCUCCUUCAUCUUCCACUCCCUCUCCUCCACCUUGUGAAGAUAUCUCUGUCUCAUCAUCCCAUCCAUCACUGCAUGAGGAGUCAGUCUUCAGCAUCUCCCCUGUUAGACACAACAUUGAGGACAACGAUGAUGAAGAGACCAAUGAAGAUCACACAGCUGAUGGGCUUUUUCCCAGGGGAACAGAAAACAGCUUCUAUCUACAGUAUUCCACCUUCUCCACUGAAACGGCUGGCACUGCCAAUGAGGAACAGGAGAACAGACUGACAACAGGAGAGAACCAACACUACGAGGACGUCCUGGCACAAGCAUCCUCCUCAACUUUAUUAAAGCAGCUGACACAUGAUAGGUAUGAAGAGAAGAUCAGACAUAGUGAAGCCUACUUCACUUCUGUAGGACCGUCUCCUUGGAACUCUCCUCAGCCAACCACAGAUAAAACACAGAGCUUUUUCAGUCCAGAAACUGACAGUGGCUUUGGCAGUUUUGACCUAAGCCGGCCAAGCACAGGACUGUUCCAAACACCUUCUAGUGCUGUGAGUUCUGCGCUCUCUGACGAUGUCAACAGCAUAACGAAUACCAGUGGUUCAGACAGUGAAGCCUCCCACUCCAAUGUGCGAACAACUAUAUCAGCGCCACCACAACCAGUGCAGCCCACAGUGAACCACCUGGAAUAUGAACAGAUAGUUACACAUGUCAUGGAAGCAAGAAGCAUUACCCAGAAUGCACCUGUUAGAGCUCCAAAAGAAGAUGACACAUCAGUAGGUGGCGCCAUUGCCAUGCAUAACCAGGUGACUGAAGGAAUAGGGGAAGAUCAGCUGGGAAAGAGCCAUUCUGCAAAUGAGACGCACUCAGCAUCACACUGCUCAUGCCACAAUAGUGAGGUUAUCCUCGCACUGCAGUAUGAGGUUUCGCGUCUCAAGAGGGCGCUAGAGGAAAGCCUUGGUCACCUGCUUCAUGAGAGCAAGAAGACUGAUUAUCCGAAUGGCAGGUAUCCAUUGGAGAGGAAGCACAAGGGACAGACCCGUAGCCAGAACAGAGGUGCCUCAAGCAGAUGUGUGAAGACAGACUCAAACCUUCAGACGAUUGAGGACUGGAUCUCUUCUGAUAUGGAGCUCAGCAAGAGCAAAGUCACUGACGGUGAGGAUUCAGAUCACACCAUGAGUUUACAGAGAGCCUUCAGUCCAUCUCACGGACUAAUACGCACCCGAUUCAGUGCUGACAAGAGGUCACAUGACUCCAGAACCUCAUCCAAAGCCUCAGUAGAGAGCUUUCCUUUGGACACAUCUCAGUUUAGCCAGUCUGGUAGCCAUCAGAGAGCCAGCAUUGGGCCAACAAUCCCCAGCACUGACACUAAGAGAACCAACAAAAGUGUCAGCUAUAGACCUGCAAUGGGAAACUUGGAGAACAUCUUCUUAAACAGCACAAAACUUGCCCCUCCUAUUCCUGCUCAUCCUUCCCAUAAGCCUCUGCUGCAGGUCAACUAUGGCUCCUCCUGCAGUCUGCCUGCUGGAUUUAAAGUGCGAGAUCAAGCAUCAGAACCAGUGUCCACUAGGAAGCGCUCAACUCAAUCUGACUCAGCACUGCUUCCCAGUAAUGUUUUCUUUCAACGGACCUCACCGAGGACCAGUGGAAGACGACACCGCACCAGCAGAGAGGAAUCAAUACACAAGACAUUGGACAAGGCCUUGCAGGCAGCUUUUCUAAUGAAGCAGACCACAGACAGGAUGGCAGACGCUCUCUCUGCUGACCUGGCCAAAGCUCAGCUCCAGAGGAAGUUACUGGGCCUACAUCCUCUCAGCAGCAGAGCAGGCAGAGUUCUGACCUUUAUUGAGGACUGGAUCUCUUCUGAUAUGGAGCUCAGCAAGAGCAAAGUCACUGACGGUGAGGAUUCAGAUCACACCAUGAGUUUACAGAGAGCCUUCAGUCCAUCUCACGGACUAAUACGCACCCGAUUCAGUGCUGACAAGAGGUCACAUGACUCCAGAACCUCAUCCAAAGCCUCAGUAGAGAGCUUUCCUUUGGACACAUCUCAGUUUAGCCAGUCUGGUAGCCAUCAGAGAGCCAGCAUUGGGCCAACAAUCCCCAGCACUGACACUAAGAGAACCAACAAAAGUGUCAGCUAUAGACCUGCAAUGGGAAACUUGGAGAACAUCUUCUUAAACAGCACAAAACUUGCCCCUCCUAUUCCUGCUCAUCCUUCCCAUAAGCCUCUGCUGCAGGUCAACUAUGGCUCCUCCUGCAGUCUGCCUGCUGGAUUUAAAGUGCGAGAUCAAGCAUCAGAACCAGUGUCCACUAGGAAGCGCUCAACUCAAUCUGACUCAGCACUGCUUCCCAGUAAUGUUUUCUUUCAACGGACCUCACCGAGGACCAGUGGAAGACGACACCGCACCAGCAGAGAGGAAUCAAUACAUAAGACAUUGGACAAGGCCUUGCAGGCAGCUUUUCUAAUGAAGCAGACCACAGACAGGAUGGCAGACGCUCUCUCUGCUGACCUGGCCAAAGCUCAGCUCCAGAGGAAGUUACUGGGCCUACAUCCUCUCAGCAGCAGAGCAGGCAGUUAG